AUGACCUCCCAGCCCAACAGAAACGCCCACCUGGCGGUCACGGCAGAGAAAGGUGAACAAAGGCGUCACCUUGCGCCGAAGCGGAACUCCAAGAACGACCGCCACACCAAGGUGGACGGCCGCGGCCGCCGGGUCCGCAUGCCCGCCCUCUGCGCCGCGCGCAUCUUCCAGCUCACCCGGGAGCUCGGCCACAAAUCCGACGGUGAGACCAUCCAGUGGCUCCUCCAGCAGGCCGAAUCCUCCAUCAUCGCCGCCACCGGGUCUGGAACCAUCCCGGCCUCUGUCCUCACGUCGUCGUCCGCAGCCGCCAGCACCAAUCUGGCCGAUUCCGCCACGGCGUCCUCCGGCCUGCACCACAACAAGUUUCAAGAAUCAGGACAGAGCAGAGUCAACUGGGCCACGUUCGGGCGGCCGCACCCAGAACUGUGGCUGCCGCCGGUCGACGGAUUCGACACGAGUUUCUUCCAUUCGGCGGCAGCCGCGAUGCCUGUGGCAUCGAAUUUGCCGAGAAUUGGAUUUCCUGCUUUGGAAUUCCCUGGAACUAAUCCCAAUCAAAUGAGCUUCACGUCAUUGCUGGGCGGCCAGAGGCCGCCGAUGCCCGGAUUGGAGCUCGGAUUAUCACAACAUGGGCAAGUUAGGAUUUUCAAUCCUCAGGCACUGAGUCAAUUCUAUCAGCAUAUAGGGCAGGGCAGUGACCAUUUGCAUCUGCAUCAGCAUCAGCAGGUGCAACAAGAACCGCAACAAGAAUCUCCUACUCCUAACAAAAAAUCAAAGGUGUCUGCAGAGUAA